CAGCGCUGUGAGAUGCACCUCAACAUUAGCGACAUUUGGAAUUACUUACUUUAUCAUUAAAAAAAUAAUACAAAAUUACGUUGCAAAAUAUUGUUAAGGAUGAGCUAUCGUGGUAUUCCAGCUGGAUAUGAAGACGACCCGGACUUUAGUUGUAUCUCCGAUAUGGUGCAGAAAAUAACCGUCGUACCAGAUAUAGCUAUUGCUGCUGGGCUGAAUAACGAAAACUUCGAUCGCACCCUCAGCGCCGACGUCGACAACUGGUUUCAGAACUACAAAGAGCAAUGGAAUUCAUACAAACGCACCCCUUCUGCUCAACACAAUCUCAAAGUGAUGCUCCACAGAGAUCCAGAUCCUCUCUUGCUUGCCUUAAAGUUGUUUGCGAAUUGUCCAGGAUGUAAUAAUUUAAAAAACAAAAACUUGGCGUUAUUUAUACUGGAAACCAUUUGUGACCUCCAUACACAAUAUCCAGAGAUAUCAGCUAAAUGUUCUGACAACACGCGCAUGGUUGCUUUCAACUUUGUGAAGACUUGCGGUAUAGUAUCGCUAUAUAAAUCUGUGAUGAUCACGUAUCAACUGAAUAAAAUAUGUGAAAUGUUGGUGCCUAAAAUAAAGGAAUUAAUAACACAAGGGCACUUCAAAGAUGCUGCGUAUUGGACGAUGAACUUGCAAAUUACUCACCUUUUUGGCAUUUUCGAUAUUAUAUUCCCAUUAAUUUUACAAGAUAAAGUGCCACUGGCAGAGAUGUAUCUUAAUGCUGCUAAGGAUUUGGCGUUGCCCACUGUACAAUUCCUUGACUCCUUACUGGAUAAACAAAAGACUGUAUUUGAACAUUGUGAUGAAAUAUUAACAAAAUAUGAGUACAAAGACGUCAAACAUACUGUUUUAACGUAUCGCCCAAUGUCCAAGCUAGUCACACGCUUGGCGAAGACAUACAAAAUUGACAGCCAUUUUACACCCAAUCUCAAUUUCACAAAGGCUUGUUCUUAUAUGCAUUUCUUAUGGCACAAAUAUCGCGAUGGCGGCAUGAGUUGUGAUGCAUAUCGUGAAUUGGCACGUGAUGCCGCCAGUACCAAGCCUUUACAAAUGGACUUGAUAACUAAUGUGGCCUCAUAUGGCGAUUUUGACGAAGUGAAAUAUUGGAUAAACUAUUUUAACAUACCACUGGAGGAAAUAGCAGACGAUAUACGCGAGGAUUUGAAACGGCACCAACCUUCCGAAAACAGCGAUGAAAUUCAGUUGGUAAAUACCAGUGAAACUACAAGUGCCGUAAAUAACGGAGGCGCCACUAACAAAUCAAAACGUGCAAAUGCAACUACACCUAAUAAUUAUUUAACGUUAGCACUACCAAUUGACUGUGUUAUAUUAAUCGAUGAUCGUUCAAAAUUUCAUGAAAUGUUAGAAUACUUACAAGGACAAUUACUUAUCGCAUUCGAUUCUGAGUGGAAGCCAUCUGUUUGUAAUGAAAACGUUAUAUCACUUUUACAAAUAGCUACCCCGUAUCGCGUUUACCUAUUGGAUUGCCUUUCUUCACAACUUAGCGAUGAGUUAUGGCAGCAGCUCGGACAACGAGUGUUCAACAAUUUGGAGAUUUUGAAAGUUGGUUUCUCCUUACAUCAAGAUUUGCGUAUGCUACACAAAUCAUUGCCGCUACAAUUAAAUUUGAAUGCGAAAACCUGCUAUUUGGACUUGCGUGAAUUAUGGCGACGACUCAAGUAUCUACAAAUUGUAAAAUUUCCAUUCGGUUGUGGCUCAAACUCCGGGGGCAGUUUGUGUGCAUUAACUGAAUUGUGUUUGGGCAAAAAAUUGGACAAAUCAAAUCAGUGUUCCAAUUGGGCCAAUCGGCCGCUGCGUCACGACCAAAUUGUUUAUGCGGCUUUGGAUGCGCAUUGUUUGCUGCAGGUGUACCAAGUAAUUGUGGAGAUUCUUUUAGGUAUAGGCCUGGAUUUUGACGAGGUAGUAAACGAGGUGACAACUGGAAAGACCGGUUACUUAUUCCGCAUGAAACGCGCUUUUUCGGAACACAACAAUGAAUGCAGCACAUCUGUGCCCGCCCAAGUCAACAUAGUUAAAGUUCCUGCUGUCAGCGCAAACUUUGCUGGCACAAUUAGCACAAAAUUCAUCUGCGAUAGAAUGUUGUAUGGCCUCUCGAAGGAGCUACGCAAAUUAGGCAUUGACUGUAUGGAAAUAAUCAAAGAUAAUUUGAGCCACUAUGUGAAUAUAGCCAAAAGAGAGAAUCGUUAUGUACUCACAAGGGACACACGUUAUGACUUAUUCCUCAAAAUAUUGCCACAAACACAAUGUCUCUUAAUACCGAAUGAUACCAGCGUAGAGCAAGUGUUGAAUAUACUACGACUAUUGGAUAUAAAAAUCUACGAAAACAAUCUAUUUACGCGCUGCCUACAUUGCAAUAGCAAUGAAUUUAUUUUGGCAUUAAGGCAUGAAUUGCAGGUUAUGCGCUAUGGUCAAGCUUUAGAUGAUGUCAAGGAGUUGAGUGCCGGCAAUGUAUCGCCAUUUGAGCGCACAUUUAACUUGUUAAAUGUGAACCAAGAUGUUUUGAAAUCAAAAACCACCUAUCGUGGCAAGCCGAUCAAGCUGAACCGCAUUAACUCUCAUAUAUUGCGUUCUAAAGAACAUUUUUAUAUAUGUGAUAAUUGCGGUAUUUGUACUUGGGAUGGUGCGCAUUCAAUACAUGGCAGCGUAAUGGAUUUGAUUCUUUACAACAACUGCGAAACUGAUACUGCUGCUGGAUUUUAAGCGCGGAAAACUUGUGACUGACAUUUUUUGCAUUGAGUGGUAUUAAGUUAACACUAUAAACAUUAUUAUUAUUAUUGUUUUUUUUUUAUUAUUUUUUAGUUAUCGAGUAUAUCGAGCUUUAACCGUCAAAAGAACGGUCAAGAAAAAUUAUUAUUAUUUCAAUUUACGAUGCAUUUACAGUUUGGUAAUGACGAACAUAACCAUUGUGAAAUUUUGAGGUUAUGUUUGUAAACAAAUUUGCGUAAUGAAAAAAAAGAGUUAUAGGUUUAGAAAAAAGUUUAAAAAUUGUGAGUUUAUGAUUGUAAACAAAUUUGCCUAAUAUAAAAAUUUGGGUAAUAUAGGUUUAGAAACAGCUAUAGACGCCAGACAAGUAUGAUUUAACUGUUAAUUUUUGCGAACUAACAAAGGUUUUUAAGCAAAUGUUUUCGUACGAGAAAUCUAUAUUUAUCAUCGGCAUUACGUACAUAUAUUUUCAUGCAAAAGAAUUGGAAUUAAAAAGUGUAAAUUUAUUUUAAAUUUGAAAAUGUUUGAUUAAUAAUGGGAAAUUAAAUUUUUAUUUGCAAAUCCGUUUACCGUUAACAUUAAGAUCACUGAGUUUCGCUUCCUAUACACUUCAACCUAUAUUGAGUCUGAACUUUGUUAGUAUUCCUCAAGUGGAGGCAGCUAUCAAUUGUAAGCCGAAAUUUUUUCUUGCCAGAAAUACGCUCAUAGUUUUGCCGUUGGUAUGAAAAAAUAUUUUGCAACCCAGAUUUGUUCGCUGCGGCUUACCUACAUCAAAAUCAAAAUUAUUUUUAAGUAAUAAAUAUAAUAUAUAGAAUUUAGACGUAAAAAAGUGGCAUCUGCAUCUGAUUGACUUUAGUUAUUUAGCCGGUCAAAGUUCGAUAUAAGAUACUUAUAUAUACACAUACCUAUGUAACCCUAAAUUUCAUCCUGUAAGUAUAUCUUUGUAUUUUUAGACUUGGAAAAGUGACAUUUAUUUUCAUCAUCCAAUUGAAAUUGUAUACCUAAUCAUAUUCUUAAAUUAGUACAAAAUCAACAAUAUUACAAAUAAUUCAAAGUACAUUGAAAUGAAUUGAGAGUACAUGAAAGAAACGAAAUACAAAUUAAAUAAUAUACAUUUGUAUGUGUGUAUGUUAGUCUGUACGUUCAAUAUAGCCGUAACAAUUUAUUAGAAUGCAAUAAGCUAGUGUGAAAAUCUCAAAACCCUUAAGACGUAUGUGUCUGUAAUAAAUGAAUUUAAUAAAAAUAUAUGUUAAAAUUGA